GCUGUCACCAUGGUUACUGGAAAGCAUCUGGCCAACAUGGGCUACCGGGCCUUUUCGGCCUCCAUGAUGUUGCUGACUCUCUACGGUGGCUACCUGUGCACCAUGCGGGGCUACCGCUUUAUGCAGAGGCAAAAGGAACUCAAAAUGGCUGCCGAAAACCAGGAUCCAGAGAUGAUAAAAGACUGAUGGACUGUAAUCCCUCCACCCCCAAUGGGACAUUUGAACACGAGUUUGUAUGCUGGAGUUGUCGGUGUGAAAUGAAAUCUUCGACAAGGAACGAUGAUAACUAAUCGUUUGGUCUUCGUGCAGCGGUUCCCAACCACUGCAUUGUGGGAAAUGAUCCAAUCUCAUUGAAAUGGUUUGAAAUGUGUUUAUUUACUAUAAAUAAUGUACUUUCAUUCAUGUAGCUAUGCCAGAGACAAAAGGACUAAAGAAUUAAAUGUACUUCCACUA